GUUCGCCGCGUAUCGCAAUACGUACGCAUUUCGGUGGGAACAGCGCGGGAUGACACGCGUGCCGGCUCCGUAUCUCCUCGCAGUGUGAUACGCGGCUAGAAACGACAUCGAUCCGAGGUAGAUAGAUCGCGCGAGGCCUCGCGGUGACCGUCGGGCCGCUCGUUACAAAUCCGACAAGAUUCCGAGAAGCUUACCGCGACCGAGGCUGCCGUUCUCGACACGUUUCUACAUUCGAUUAUUCCACCUCGCGAACCGUAUCUGUGAUUAAUCGUAUCCGAUGGGUCCACAAUUGAUCUCAACGAAUCCCGAGCACGAAAACCACUAGAGGAUGAAAGUGGUUCGAACAGGUGACGCACAGUAUACCCUCCGAGAGAGAGAAAGCGAGAGAGCUGAUUCCCCUAAUGCAUCGUGUUCCGUGAAACGGCUUCUGACAACCGAUAUAGAGUGCAGUGCACCGGCGUGAAAAUAGAUGGUGGUUGGUGAAGAUCGGUGAAAGUGACGAGGUGGAAACAGUUGCCACGUUGAAUCGCCGAGAGAAGACAGAUAGAGCUACGCCGUUGGUGGUUAUCGUGAAUUAGCGAGGACCGAGGACAGCGUGUCGUUUCGCCGUGUAUAAUUCACGGCUGCUGUUGUCCGAGUCAUCGGCAACACAAAUAUCAUCGAUCGCGGUCGGUACCGCGCGUCAUAAUUCAGCAGUGAGACAGAGAGAGAGAGAGAGAGAGACCAACACCUGGAAAAACACUCGGGAGGAAAGCCGAGCAUCUCGCAGGCCGGUGAAUCGUGAAAUAAAAACGCGGUCGGACAGGAUGAGGGAUGUUUGACACCGCGGCGAGCAAAUAUGUCAAGCUAACGUCUGUCGUCGCCUGACGGCCCGGUUGCCAAUCGGCGAGGACUUCGAGGCGGCCAAGAAUCUUGUAGCUGGCGAAAAGUACCGAUCGACGGUGUUCGGUGCCGGCCAGCGGACGGAAACGGUUGCCACGGAAAAAGAAGGCGCUUUUUUCAACGACGAGGAAAACCGACGAAUUGGCCGGCUACCAGGCGAAACGGAACGAUCGAGAGGGCUCCUACGGAAUCCUCGCAGGCAUCCCGCACGUAAAAAUAAACCGUGGCUGGUGUGUCGGGCAGGCGCGGGCCGGUCGCGGUUUCGACCGAAAACUUUUUAACGAGCAGCCGACGGGGACGGCCGAGGGAAAAGUUGCGGGACGCGCGAGUCAAAGCCGAACGAAUUAAAAUUCCUGCCGCGGCUGUACGCGUCCUCGGCCGGCGUGUUCCUCGGGGGAAGAAGAAGCGAUUUGGGUUACGAACGUAUCCCGAUCGUCAGCGACGCAGGCGCCCCGUCCCGCGAGACGGUUCUCCUCUUUAUUUCCAGCGAACCGAAGGGAAAUAAGAAUAGCAUGCAAAGGUGGUCGGAGAGGCGCAAAUGAGUCGCGGCGGUCUCAGUUCGCGGGCGGACGUGCGCGAAGCUGCGGGAAACCGUGGGACGAGAGAUUGAGUCUGGGCCAGGCUCCACGUGGUGGACGAGUUAUGGCGACAGAGGGACAAUGCGAGCCGAGACGCGCGAUGACGCAGCUGCACGCGUUUACUGACGUCGACGCGGACGCCAAGAGGGCAAGUCACGAGCCAGUGGUCGAGAACAGGGGUCCUUACGAACGGACGUCGAGCUUCUAGCUGCCGAGCGACACCAAUUUCGCCGACGAUCGCGUGGAACUACGGACGCGAGACAGGCUUCGAUCGAUGAGAGCGUGAGCGAAUCUUAGCGACAAUGUCCUUCUGCAGGAUAACCGGCCGGAGCAGAGGCCUGCCCAAGCCGAACUACUUCCCGCUGCUGCCGCCGAUCAGCCCGGCAGACGCGAAACGCUUCUGUCGCAUCACAGGCAAGUCUUACGGGCUGCCCACGCAUCAUUACAUUCCAGUCCUGUUGGGCGUGCACAGCCACGACAAGUCGAAAUGCAGGAUCACGAACGCCUCGGGGCUGGGCCCGCACCACUACACCGCCGGGUUCGUUCUGGGCGAGAAGAAGAAGCACGUGAUCCUGAAGGAUUAUCGCUACGUGUUCCCGGUCCUGGAGGGCGAGGGCGAGCAGCAAAGAGCCCUGCGGGACCUGCUGAACACGAAGCAACCGCCCCCGGAAGAGGAGAUCGCCAAGUUCGUGUACACCGUUCAGGAGCGUAGAUGCAGCCUGGUGUUCCCGUCGAGGCUCGAGGCGGCGGUCAGGGACGGGGACGUGAAGGACGUGAUGCUGUCCAGGGACUGCGACACCGUUCUCUUCCGGCUGAAGCAAGGCAAGAACGUGUCGGUGGACUUCAAGAACUUGGAGAACUUCGAGAACCUUUACGACGGGCUAGGUCCCAGAGAGGAGGUGCUGAAGGAGAGGGAGAAGCAAGAGGCGGAGGCUAGGAAGCGAAAGCGGAAGAGGCAGGCCGGACUCAGUUACGCGAAGAAGAUCUUCGAGGAGAAGGAGAAGGCUGCCGAGGAGGAGGAGCUGAAGAGAACGAAGCAACUUAGAUUGAGAAGCGCGAAGGAGGAGACGAGGGAGGAGGAGGUUCAAACCUGGAAGAGCGUCGACCUGGAGCAAGCUAGGAUCAGGGCAUGCGAGCUGGUCUCUGUGACGGACUCCCUGAAGGAAACUGCCAAGUUUCUUCCGCAAACUUUGGACUGGAACUCGUUCCAAGAGGCGGCCAAGAUCUCGUUGCCACCUGUCGUGGACAAACUGCCGGCUCCGCUCAAGAUCGAUCCUCGGAUCAUCGAGCAGGGUGCCUCCUCCGCGUGCACCAGUCCCGUUUCGGAGCAGACCGGAGGAUUCGAGGCGAUAUCGAUCGUGAAACCAUUGACGCCGCUAAAGAUAGAACCGGAUCCUACUCUGCAGUCGGCCAUACAAAACAUGCCGGCCAGCGAUCUCAAGGAAGCGUCGAACGUGAACGCGAAGCUUCUGGAGGCCGGCGAGCAGGCGUUGGAAGAGUUGCCGAAGGUGGAAGAGAUUCCCGAAUUGGUGCGCAACCUCGGCAGGGGUACCGAGACAACGGCGCACCGAAUCAAAGGUCUGAAAUUAGACGUAAAGUCAGCGCAGAGAUUUAUCGCCGGCCAAACCGUGCAGACGCCCGUCGGCCCUAUUUUCGUACCUGGCCAGACGCUGCAGACACCUCAGGGUCCUGCCUUCGUUCCCGGUCUGACCGUGAACGCUCCUGACGGCCCUGUCCUGGUCCCGGGUCAGAUACUGACCGUCGUCCAAGAGCAGGAUGACGAGAGGACGCCGGUGUUCGUGGCGGGUCAGAACUUGCCCACCGAGGAGGGCCACAGGUUCCUUCAAGGUCAGACUUUGCACACCAACGAGGGGGCCAGGUUCGUCCAAGGGCAGACCGUGCUCACCGAGGAGGGACCCAAGUUCGUCGCCGGUCAAGUGAAACAGGACGGCGCGUUCGUCCCUGGUCAGACGAUCCUGACACCGGACGGGCCGCGCUUCAUGCCGGGUCAAACGGUCACCGAUCAUCGCGGCGAGCAGGUGUUUGUCCCUGGACAAAGCGUACAAGUCGGGGAGUCGUGGGAGUUCGUGCCCGGGCAGUGCAUAGAGUCGCCGACAGGAGAGACGAAGUUCGUUCCUGGUCAGACGAUGCCAACGUCUCAAGGAUCGCAGUUCGUUCCCGGGCAAUACGUCGCUACGAACUCCGGCGAGGGUCGCUUCGUCCCCGGCCUCGUCAAGGACAUCGGCGAAGCCGCGACGUUCGUACCGGGCAUGACUCUGGACACGCCGAAGGGUCAGAAGUUCGUCGAGGGUCAAGUAUUGAGAACGUCGGACGGCGAGAAGUUCUUCCCGGGACACACUCGACUGACCGACGAAGGGUUCGAGUUCGCGGCUGCCAGGAAGUUCGACGAGGUAACGUUCCACGAUGCUGGACCCGUUGGCAUACCGGUGGACCCGAAGACCGCGAACGUCUCCCUGCAGCAGAGCGAGAUCUUCGGGCACAUGGUUCAGACGGAACGGGGCGUGGAGUUCUUCCCGGAGGAUGCGAAGAAGCUUCCCGAAGGAAGAAGGAUCGUGCCGGGACAACUGGUUCGCGGAGGAAAGGAUGGGCCGAGGUUCGUGCCCGGCGUGAUGACGGAGGACGGUUUCCUGCCGGGUCAGAUCGUGAUGACGGAGAAGGGCGAGCAGUUCGUACCCGGCCAGGUGAUAGACACCAGCACCGGGCCGAAGUUCGUGCCGGGACAGAUGGUGGAGACUCGGACAGGGUCCAAGUUCGUUCCAGGACAGACGGUGGAAACGACGGAAGGACCCCGCUUCGUGCCGGGUCAAAUCGUCGAGACCAAGGUCGGCCCCACCUUCAUCCCUGGCCAGGUGAUCUCCACGGAGGACGAGGGGUCUAGAUUCGUGCCUGGCCAAGUGGUGGACACUCCGGACGGUCCUCGGUUCGUGCCAGGUCGCGUGGUGGAAUCAGGAGAGCUGGGAGUAACCUUUGUACCUGGACAGAUCGUUCAGACGGAAGAGGGGCCGCGAUUCGUCGCCCCGGACCUGACCGACACUCCCGAGGGAGAAGUAGAGUUCUCUGUCCAAGGGUUCGAGGUCACUCCCGAGGAAUUGAAGCUUCUCAGGCCGCAGCAUUUACACUACAAUCCGCACGUGCAGCACCAGGGAGAGGCCAGCAUCGACGCUAGGAUGCUGAGACAGCUGUCCGAGGCAGGACUGUCGGUGGGACGGAAGGUUGCCACCGACUUGCCAGCCGUGGACGUCGACGUGGAUCCGAAAGCGGUGGCUCUCGAGCACGCGUUGGAGAUGGCGGAGAAACUCGGAUUGCACGGCUCGACCGCGGUUAAAAUGGCGCAGAUCGUCUCCACUGUUGCUCAACUGGCGAAGAACAUCGCGGCCCAGCAGGAACUGGACGACAAUUUCGUAUCCUCCAAGUUGUUGAAGAGCAACAAAUCGUCCGUCGCCUCGAACGCCGGCAAAAAUGCCGGAGAUGAACGAAACGGUGCCGAAGGCGACGACUGGCUGCGAGCCGCCGUUAAGACGGCAAUGUCUAGCGCUGUUCUCGCGAUCGCGAACGAUUCGUUGGAGAUCGGCGACGAAGAACAGCAGGAUUUCGUCUACUCCUCCAUCAGCGAAGCUUUCAACGUUCUUCUGCGGCAGAGAAACACUAGCAUCGAGGAGUCCGUGGAGGAGAUCCUGCAGAUACUUUUGCUCCCUCAAAACCGGAGCAGUCUGUGCCAAUCCGCUCUGAUGGAGCUGAUCGAAAACAAGAACAACAAGAUAGACAUACUGAGGUCCACCGUGGUUGGCCAGUCCCUGAAAGACGAAGUGGUGCUCGACAGAUUGUCGAUGGUUCUCGAAGAGGACCACGGGACGGACCUGGUCGGUCCUGCUUUCAGGACCGUCUCGAAGAAUGACCCGGAACUGGUCUCCAGAGUCCUCCAGAAAGUGUCCGAGGAGGUGUCCACCAUAGAAACGGAGAGAGACGCGGCGGAGACCGUCCACAAAGCGAUCGUGCACGCCGUUCGGGAGUCGAGCGAGAUCCGAGUGCAGGAACUGCUGAACGACGAAGGGGAGAACAUCAGGGAGAUGCUUCUUCAGGCAGUUGGACUGGCCAGAGCCCUGGGAAUGGCCAGUAUCGCGAGCAGCCUCCUGGCAGUGAUCAGCGACGAGAAGUCCACGCGGGUGUUGGCCAGCGACAGGGUGACGUUGGACGUCCUGAAAAGGCUGACGGUGAUGAGGAAGCUGGCAGAGGAGAGACCGCCGUUCAUGAACGCCCUGACGCAGCUGUGCAGCGACCCCGAAUUGGCGAGGACCGACCCGAGACUCAGAACUCUGGUUCGCGAGAGCGCCGCAUUGAUGAUCGUCCCUGAAGAAGCGCCGUUGCAGUCCUCCGCGGACGUUCCCAGCGUUCUGCUUAAUUCCGACAAUAGCCUGGCGAUGGAGGAGUUCCUCUUGAGGAGAAGCCAUCGAUCGUCUUCUAUUUUUAUGAUCCUGAAGCAGGGCAUGCAGGCCGUGGUGCCGAGAGAAGCUUCCAGAUCCGUCCUCACCGGUCAGGUGGCCUACACGGUCCUCGACGAAGACGGCAUCAGCCAUUUCGAACCUCUGCACGUGUUCUCUGCCCUGAGACUGAACCGUCCGACCGCUCAUCGAUUCUCCAUGUACUGUUGUCCCGUAGCCAAAGAAGAAGACAUGGACGCGGAGAUCGUGUCCACGUUUACGGGCACCGCUUCCAUCGCCAGCAGCCUCGAUGGUUCCGGGAACGGCACCUGCCAGAAACAAGAGAACAAUGGUGUCGUACUGUCCAAGUCCGACAGGUCCUAUUACGGUUACUCCGCGAGCAGAGAGAACACGCCUAGCUUGAGGAGACUGAGCAGCAUCCAGCAAGACAAUAGCUGUGAGCGGAAAUCCUUGGACAACUAUAUCGUCGUGAAGGAUUACAAGAGCGACACGGACAAUUUCUCCGUGAAUGUCGGCGAUAUCGUCGAGGCCCUCGAAUACGCGGAUCCAGCCAAGAAGAUCAAGCUGGAUCCGGAUCUGGAGAUCGGCGAGAUAGGCGACGUGCUGGACAACUCGGCCGCUUGGCACAAACUGUCGGUCAGGCCGCGACGGAAACACGCUGAUCCUCGGUCUAAAGGCGUUUCAAGGUCGAGUUCGGAGGUCAGCCUGCAGAGAGUCUACGUCCGAAGAGCAGACUCGAAGGAAGGAUGGCUGCCCAUGUCGAUUUUAAUGCAAACUGCCUUAAGCGAGGACUCGGCGGCUGGACACCGACCGGAGGACUCGCAUUAUCGAAGAGAGGCGGUGGUGAAAGAACUGGUCGAGACCGAAGAGGAGUUUGGCAGGGACCUUCAGCUGGUCGUUGAACGUUACCUGAAGCCGCUCGACAAUCCGGAAGUUCCGCGGAUCGUGCGCGACAACAAAGACAUCAUCUUCACGAACCUGAAGCAGAUCGCCGAUUUCCACAAUACAUCGUUCGGCAGGGUGUUGAUCGAAGGCGUCAAGUACUAUGCGGAUCAGCCACGCAUGCUGGGCAAGACUUUCCUGCGAUUGGAAAGGGACUUCGACAAGCACGUGGCCUACUGCAGGGACGAGCCAGCUGCGCAGGAAUUCCUACAAACGAACAACGCCGCACGAGAAUAUUUUGAGGAGCUGAGCCAGACUCUCCGUGACGACAAAAGUCUAUCGGAACACUUGAAGCUUCCGAUACAACGCAUAAACGACUACCAGCUCCUGCUUAAGGAGCUGGUGAAGUAUUCGACCCGACUAGGCGAAAACUGCGACGACCUCCAAAAGGCUUUGGAGUUGAUGCUAGGUAUCCCCCAUAGGGCAACGGAUAACAAGUUCAUAAGCAAUAUCGAAGGAUACAAAGGGAACAUCCACAAACUAGGAAGACUGCUCACACACGAAUGGUACACGGUGAUUGACAAGGACGGGAAAAGCAAGGAAAGGUACCUGUUCCUUUUCAAAGCUCGCAUACUCGUAUGCAAAGUCAGACGAAUAUCGGAAGACAGAUCGGUGUUCGUCUUGAAGGACAUUAUACGACUGCCGGAGGUAGAGCUGAAGGACCACCCAGAAGACAUAAGAUCCUUCGAGCUCCACAGUCCAGCAAAUCCCAUUUAUCCGAUCACUUUGGUAGCGCACAAAGAUCCUGUGAAGGCUUGCUGGCUGAAGGAGAUUAGACAGUACGCGAGCGAUGUGGUAGCGCUUGCCGAGCACGCUGCAGACGAUCUACAAUUGACGGAGGUGCCGGAGCCGAAAGAAGAGAUCAAAGAAAAUCCGGGACCAAAGAAGGAAGGUAACCCGGGACCAAAGAAAGAAGGGAAUCCGGGGCCUGAAGAGAAGGCCGUGGAGAAGAGGGCCAAUCCAGGCAAUCCUGAGGACCCAGACUCGAAGAAGGCUAAAGUCGAAGAAGAAACCGCAGACAUGUCUCGCAGAUACUCAUCCAGUCGAUACAGCAGCUCCUCCAAAGUUGUGGAAGAGUAUUCGGCGGUGUCCAGCAGCCGCAAUGGCGUCGCUGCGACAACGGUGGAGUCAUCGAGCAGCGCGAUGAGGAUGGAGAGUAGCUCGAGCUAUCAAGCUGGGAAUGUCUCGACGAUCGAGACCAAAACAAGCAUCGCGAGUGUCGCCGAUGCCGCAACGACAAAACCCGUGUUCGUCAAAACGAUCGAAGGCUCCAGUAUUGAACCGAUACCAGAAAAUAACGUGGAAUUGAUACACGCCGUAGCUGGAGAAAUGGCCACAUUCGAGUGCACCCUGUUGUACACCGAUUCGACAACUCUGGUACAGUGGUUGAAGGAUAACAAACCGCUGGAUGACAAGUUGGCUGAUCGUGUAACAGCAUCCGCAGUUGGGAAAACCUUCAAGCUCACCCUCCAGAAUGUCCUCGAGUCGGAUUCUGGUAUUUAUAUCGCUCGAGCCAUGAACAGCGAGGGACAGUCGACCUGCACGGCUCAGCUUGUCGUACAGAAACUCACGCCGGAGGAGAAGAAAGCAAGAGCGGAAGCCAACGCGCCCAUCUUCCUGGUGCUACUGAAGGACACGGAGCUCUUGGAGAACACCUUCCUGCGGUUCAUGGUGAAAGUAAAAGGCGACCCGAACCCUGAAAUGAAAUUCUACAAGGACGGCACUCUGAUCGACGAAAGCCACACCCGAGUGAAAAUAAUCACCGAGCAGUCGGAGAAGGGCUUCUACGAACUGGUGAUAGGGGACGUGCAGAAAGGGGACGCCGGGAAGUACUCUUGCACCGCGAAAAAUCGCUUCGGGGAGGCGUCCUGCGAAGCCAACGUGACGGUGACCGACGAGAAGGUGCUUUUUCUCCCGGAAAAUUUCCUCGAGCCCGGCAUGGAGCCUCAGUUCAACUGGCUGCGGGACGGGAAGCCGUUCGACCCGGAAGAAAGGUUCAAGGUUCUUUUCCAGGAUAACGAGGAUACGUUGGCGCUGGUGUUCCAACAUGUGAGGCCGGAAGACGCUGGUCUCUACACUUGCGUGGCGCAAACAAGCACAGGCAACAUCAGCUGUAGCGCCGAGUUGACCGUCCAAGGAGCAGUGAAUCAGCUUCUGAAGGACCCAGAGAGGCCGAAGUUGGCUUCCGAAGCUAGACACUCCGAGGUGAGCGCGGGUGGUUCGGCGAUGCUGGAGCUGCAGAUCAGAGGAUACCCUAAACCGGACAUCAAGUGGACGAAAGACGGCAAGGAGAUCGUCGCUGGUGGAAGGUAUAAGUAUCUCUGGGAGGACGAAGAGUCGAUGUCCCUGGUGAUCAAGAAUGUCACCGCAAAGGACGCCGGUGUCUAUACGAUCAUGGCGAAGAAUGAAUUAGGAGAGGACACCACGCAGAUCGAGCUGAUCGUGAAAUCUGCCCCGAAAGUCAUCCAGAAGCAAGCCGAUCUGACGGUCGCCGUCGACGAUACUUUAACGAUGAAGUUACAGAUCGAAGCUACGCCUCUGCCGGAAAUAAAGUGGUACAAGGACGGGCAAGAGAUUAAAGAGGACAGCCGAAUCAGUAUCGUGAAAGAGGCGAACGAUAUUUACAAGCUGAUAUUAAAGAACUCUAGGAUAGACGACGCUGGUUCUUAUUCCAUUGUCGCUCGCAACGACGUCAAUCAGACCACGGAGAUCUGGAAAGUCCGUGUUCUUAGUCCGCCGAAGAUCGUCAAAGGAUUGGGCGAGCCACAGAUCCUCGACAAUGGCGCGAAUCUCUUCUUGUCCGUGGACGUUGAGUCCAAGAUGCCUCCUUCCAUUAGAUGGUACAAGGAUGGACGGAUCAUCGAACAAGAUAGUCGCGUUAAAAUGGUGAAGGAAGGAAACAAGUUCAUCCUAAAGAUCAUGAGCUCGGUGGGUGAGGACGCUGGCAUGUAUAAAGCGGAGGUGUCCUCCGAGCAUGGCACUGUGUCCGAUGAAACAAAGAUCCAGGUCCGAGGUAUACCGAGAUUCAAAUCGACGAUGACGGACGUCACAGUGAACGAGGGUGCCACGAACAUCGAGUUCGCUGUGGAGGUCGACGGUUUCCCGAAGCCGAGCGUCCAUUGGUACAUCGGCGACAUCGAGAUCACGGAGAAGAAGAAAGACUACGCUCGCAUAGAGGAGGAGAACUCCUGCAAGCUACAGAUGUCGGAGGUCAAGUCGGAGAUGAAGGGAACCUACAGCUGCGUGCUCAGGAACGAGUACGGCGAGAUCAAGACCAGCUCGACCCUGACGGUGAACACGCGACCUAGACUGAUCAAGAAGCUCGCCGACAUGAGGGUGAAGGAGGGAGACACCAUGAAGCUGGUGUUCGAGGUGGCUGGCACACCGGAACCUGAGGUCAAAUGGUUCAAGGACGGGCAGGAAGUAUCGGCAGACGCUAGGAUCAAGAUCUCCAGGGACAGCAAGCGUCAAGAGAGCUACGAUCUCACGGUCACCUUGGUCAAGGGUGCCGAUGGCGGUGUCUACGAAGUCAGAGCCGAGAAUGAACUCGGCUAUGUGACCAGCAAGAGCAAAGUCAUCGUCAUGACGAAAACAGAGGAAAGCGAGGAAAAGACGGAAAUAAAGAAGAUCACGGUCGAGGAAGAGGAGAAAAUCGUGGAGGAGGAAGUGGACGCGAAGAAACAGCAGGCCGAGGAAUCAGGAGCGGAAGGUCGAGUAACGCUGGAGACACAAAGUAUGGAAGUAAUACGUGACCAGGGUGACACGAUCACGAUCUCCGUGGCCUCCAAGACGACCCACGAAGCCAUACUCACAGGUCCUGACGAGAGCCACACGAUCAGCAAGAUGACCGCGACGAAGGUCGAGUGCCAGGAAUCGUACUCCGAGCGUCCUCGGGUCGAGGAGAUCGCCUCGUACAGUUACACCGUGCAGGAGGAGUCUAGUCAGAAGCCGCAGAACGGUGUUCUGAUCGAGGAGUACUCGGAGACCAGCGAGGACAAUCGAACGACGCUCCAGGUGCAUCGGGGUGUCUCCAUAGUUUCCGUCUCGGACGACGAGUCGACCUUGAAGGCGAUCUCCAGAGACGUCAGCACCGACGACAUGCAGUGCGCCGAGCUGUCCGAGGACCUGAAGCUCGUGAACGGCUCCUGCGCGGAGUUCAACGGGAACGGGAUCGAGGAGAAGAUCCAGGACGAGGCGAAACCGUUCAGAGGCACUCUGCUCACGGAGACGAUCGUCGAGGAGCGAUCGUUGGAGGAGGUGUCGACAGAGAAAUCCGUGGCGGAGACCUUGAAGGAGGAGCCUAGAAACGGCGAACUGGCGGGUGGACUUUCCAAAGAGAGCAAAAAGAUGGAGAGGAGACCCUCGUCGGAGAAGAUUACCGAGAAAACGCUGGAGCAACCGCAGACUCCGACGAUCGAAGAAAGCAAGCUGAAGAGACAGAGCUUGAAGAUAGAACGAACGAACUCGAUCGCCGAGAAGGCGGUCGAGACGAAUUUAGAGGAGCGGAAACUGUCCGUCCAGAACGGUCUGUCGAGGCAGAGCUCGAGGAUCGAGAGAAUGGACUCGAGAGAGUCGCUGAAGGCGACGGAGAAGACGUUGUCGAGGCAGAGCUCGUUGAAGGCUGCUCUCAGCGCCGACGAGGAAGUCGACGAGGAGCUCGAGGCGCUUCUAGACCGCGUUAAACGGCAACGCAGCGUCCUUGACGAUAUCCUUGAGAAGGAAUCUAGCAGAGACUCAGCGCCUCCGCACAUCCUCAGCGCGAGUCUCUCCGAUCUAACGAUCUACGAGACUCAGAAGGUCCACUUCGACAUCACGGCGACCGGUCUGCCGAGGCCGGACGCGAAAUGGUUCAAGGACGGGAAACCAUUGCGAACAGGAGAUCGCAUUAGGAUCACCGCCACGGGCGAGAAUUUCAACUUGGAGCUGAGCAAGGCCAUCCUCGAGGACGAAGGUGUCUACUCGUUCAUUCUGACAAACAAGCUUGGAGAGGACUCCGCGGAAGGAUACCUCACCGUCGGCACUAUCGACGACCUGAGACGUCCGAAGUUCAUCGAACCGUUGGCCGAUGUUGACGUGGCCAAAGGUGAUUCCGGGGAGUUCAGGACUACGAUCACCGCCGAUCCUAUUCCUGAAAUCACCUGGUUCUUCAAGGGCGCAGAAAUCCCUGUGGACGACAGACGACUGAAGAUCGACGUACAGAAUAAGCCAGCUAAUGAUAAAUUGACCGAAUCAACGAUUACGCUGGGUGUACCUAAAUCCUCCAGCGACGACACUGGGGAAUACACGUUGAAGCUGAAGAAUAAAUACGGCGAGGCGGAAGCCAGCGCUUUCCUCAACCUGCUGUUACGCCCAGAGAUCGAAGAGUUCAAGGACGUGGUGGAAUCGGUUGGAGAUUCGCUAGAAUGGGUAGCGAUCGUGAAAGGCAACCCCAAGCCGGACAUCACGUGGCUGAAGGACGGUAAAAAGUUGGAGAAGGGAGAGAGAUUCGACUUCCAAGAGGACAAGAGGAACAAUAAGUUCAAGUUUAUCAUUAAGAGCGUCGAGGUCGAAGACAAGGGAGUGUAUACUUUGUCGGUGAAGAACUAUCUUGGCGAAACGAGCGCGCAGGCGAAACUGGAACCUCACACCGAGACACCGACCUUCACCAAAACACUGAGCAACGCGUCCAUCAAGGACCGCGACGACCUGGAGCUAAAGAUCCGGACCACUGGCAUCCCCAGGCCCACGAUAAAGUGGCUGAAGGACGACCAGGAGAUCAGGGAAGACAGUCGUCACGCGAUCAGCACUCACGUGGACGGCAUCGUGGACAGCACCUACUCCAUCAAAACCUUCUCUCAAAGCGACGUCGGCACUGUAAAAUGUCAGGCGACCAACGUCGCCGGAAGCGCCCAAACUGCUUGCCAGUUGAAGAUGGAACUGAUCACGCCUUCCUUCGGUCAGUCUUUACCGAGGUCACUGGACGUCGACGAAGGGGAACCCUUGGAACUCAAAGCUAAAGUCGAUGGCAGUCCCAUGCCGAGCGUCGCUUGGUUCAAGGACGGAGAGAAGAUCGUUCCCGAUGAACACGUGAAGCUCGAGUGCCUUCCGGAUGGUUCUAUCAAGCUUACCAUCGACAACGUGAAACCAACCGAUUGCGGAGCUUACAAGUUGGUGAUCUCUAACUCCACAGGGGAACACACGUCUCUUUGUGCUGUAGCUAUUAAACCUCAACGAAGGAAACCGUCUUUCUCGAAACCCCUGGAGGACACCAAGGCAGUGGUUGGCCAACCUCUGAAGCUGGAGGCCCAAGUGGUCGCCUUCCCGAAUCCUCAGGUGCAAUGGUUCAAGGACGGGCUACCAUUGCGACACUCCAAGGAGAUCUAUUUCAUGAACGAGCCGAAUGGACUGAUCGGUUUAAGAAUCGACAACGCCCGCCCGGAGGAUGCCGGCACCUACUCCUUGACAGCGUCGAAUUCGCUGGGCGAGACCUCUGGAUCCGCUAAAGUGACGGUCGAAGAGAAAGAGAAACGACCAGAGUUCAUAGCGAGUCUGCAGCCUCUGACCGUGGUCGAAGGCUUCCCAGUCAAGUUGGAGGUGAAGGUUCUAGGGAAACCGGCGCCGCAGCUUCAAUGGUUCAAGGAUGGAGAGGAGAUCAAGCCUGACGGGCAACGUAUAAAAACAGUCGAUCUGCCGGACGGAAGUCAAGCAUUGAUCAUCGAGAGAUCCACGCCAGAAGAUGCGGGCGAGUAUCAGGUGAUAGCAGGUAACACGGAAGGCACAUCCUCGUGCAAGGGUACCAUCAGCAUCAUGAGCAAACAGCAAGAGGGAGUUCCCGAAGAGAGACCUGGUUUCGUGAAUCCGAUGAGGGACGUCUACGUCGAGGAAGGUCAGCCUUUGCAUCUCUCCGCCUCGUUCGUUGGCAAUCCCGUGCCAGACGUCAGCUGGGCCAAGGAUGGCGCGCCUGUGGCGUCUUCCGAUCGCUUGACAGUGACCUGCGACGGAAAGAAGACCGAGCUCGAGAUCAAUCCUUGCGAGCCGAAGGACGCUGGUGUCUACGAGUGUCGCGUGGCCAAUCCACUCGGCGAAGACACGACCAAUGCCACGGCUAACAUCAGAAAGGUCUACACACCGCCGAGCUUCUCGCAGAGGUUCACGGACCUCCAGCAGCUUCCCACCUUCGACGCCAAGUUCCCGGCUCGCGUAGCCGGUGUCCCAGGGCCAGAGAUCAGCUGGUACUUCAACGACAAGCAGAUCGUGCAAGACGACGACAAGUACAAGAUCAAACGAGACGGCGACGCUUGCUGCUUGUACGUGAAGGACUGCGCUUACGAUGACUCCGGGCUGUACAAGUGCAAAGCGGUGAACCGCAGCGGGGAAGCGGAGUGCGUCGCCAACUUGGCCGUGGUUGAUAAGAUAGGAAAGAUGCAGAAGAUCGAACCGCCGUCCUUCUUGAAGAGGAUCGGCGACUGCGAGGUGUACAGAGGAAUGCCGGCCAAGUUCACCGCCUGCGUUACGGGCAAUCCGGAGCCGGAGUUCGAAUGGUACCGCAAUGGCGAUCGAAUCUGGCAGACGGACCGGAUCAGAACGGAGCAAGAAGGCAGCCUGUUGCGUCUUGUGAUUUCCAACGUGGACGAGCUCGACGCGGGCAAAUACGUUCUGAAAAUAGUUAACCCUCACGGUUCGGACUCGUGCACGGCAGAGCUGAUCUACGAAUCGCUGGAACCACGUCCAAAGAAACCGCUGGCAGACCAGUACGCAGACUUCGACAACUAUCGGAAAUCCGGCGUCCCGCUGCCGCUUGCCGACCGUCCAAUCAUCAGCAGGAUGAUGGAUCGUCACUUGACCUUGUCCUGGAAGCCGUCCAUCCCCAUAGGUCCCCGAAUCCCGGUCACGUAUCAGGUGGAGAUGUGCGAGCUGCCAGACGGCGAUUGGUUCACCGCGCGCUCAGGAAUUCGCAGCUGCGUCUGCGACAUCCGCAACCUGGAGCCCUUCAGGGACUACAAAUUCCGAAUCCGCGUGGAGAAUAAAUACGGGCUGAGCGACCCGUCGCCGUUCGCUCAAACGUACCGCGCUAAACUGGAACCCGAUCCCCCGAAAUUCUUCCCUUACCUGCCUCCCGGCAUCGAUUUCCGCCCGGAAACCAGCCCUUACUUCCCGAAGGACUUCGACAUCGAGAGACCACCGCACGAUAACUACGCCCAAGCGCCCAGGUUCCUCCGACAGGAGCACGACACCCAGUACGGCGUCAAGAAUCACAACUGCAAUCUGUUCUGGUUCGUCUACGGCUACCCCAAGCCGAAGAUGUCCUACUACUUCAACGAUCAUCUGAUAGAAUCCGGUGGAAGAUACGAUCAAAGCUACACCAGAAACGGACAGGCCACCUUGUUCAUCAACAGGAUGCUCGAACGUGACGAAGGGAUGUACGAAGCUGUGGCUACCAACGAGCACGGCGAGGCUAGGCAGAGAGUUCGGCUGCAGAUCGCAGAAUACCCAUCCUUUAUCCAGAGACCGGAAGAAGUGAUCGUGAUGGUCCGAAAAACCGGACAACUGAUGGCCAAGGUCACCGGUGUACCCUACCCGGAAAUCAAGUGGUACAAAGAUUGGAAGCCGUUGACGUCCUCUUCGAGGAUCAGGAUCGAAUUCGCAGAACCGGACACUUCGAUUCUGAUCAUCAGCGACACCAUAGUGAAGGACGAGGGUCUCUAUUCGAUUAGCGCGGGGAACGUGGCAGGCUCGAUAUCCUGUUCCGUGAUGCUGCACGUGGAAGAGAACGAGCACGAGUACGGCUUCAGGACGUACAAGAGGAAGAGCGACAUCAGGACACGCCAUGACAGACCGUACGAUGAUUAUUACGACCUUGGCGAUGAACUUGGCCGUGGCACCCAAGGUGUCACUUAUCACGCCGUGGAGAGGUGCACCGGAAGAAACUACGCGGCCAAGGUUAUGCACGGCCGAGGAGAUCUCAAGCCGUACAUGUACAACGAGAUGGACAUCAUGAACAACCUGAAUCAUAGGAAACUGUUGCGGCUGCACGACGCUUACGAGACCGACCAGAUGGUCACGUUGAUCAUAGAACUAGCUGCCGGUGGUGAACUCGUGGACACCAUGACCAAGCAAGCAUACUACACGGAGGCUGAGAUCGCUGGUUACAUCAGGCAACUGCUCUGGGGAUUGGAGUACAUGCACGACAACCACUAUGCUCAUCUCGGUCUCACGCUCGGAGAUCUGUUAAUUUCGCAUACGGGAGGCGACGAUCUAAAGAUCUGCGACUUCGGCCUGUCCAGAAGAAUCUCUCAGAACAAGCUGAUGACCUUGGCAUACGGGAUGCCCGAGUACGUGGCUCCCGAAGUGACGAACAACGAAGGAGUAUCCUAUGCAGCGGACAUGUGGUCCGUUGGUAUCAUCACGUACAUCCUCUUGUCCGGAAUUUCGCCCUUCCGAGGCUUCAACGACAAGGAGACUCUGCUGAAGAUCAGAGACGGGAAAUGGGAGUUCGACGACCGCUGGCAGUAUAUUUCCGAAGAUGCGAGAGAUUUCAUUCGUCUGUUGCUAAUGUAUAAUUGCGAAAGGAGGAUGGACGUCAAGGCUGCCCUUGCUCAUUCUUGGAUCACUGGUUACGCUGACAGGCCUCCUACCGAUUUGUACAAGAUACCAUCCGAGAACUUGAAGAACUACUACAAGCUGUAUCGCGAUUGGUACAACAACGCAUCCUGCCGCACUUGGUACCGCAGACGCAAACUGGAAACUGCUUUCGAGCAUCCGUCCAAGAUGGUUUAUCCGCCUGGUCAUAAGUACACACCUGAGCCCAGCGACGACAGAAUAUACAGCCCAUCGAAGAAACCAUCCGCAAAACCUUGGGACGCUCAGAUACCCUCGAGGGAGCCAAUCGACACUGAGAUUGGAGUCAUCAAAAGUGAAAGCCACUAUCAGAACGGACCGGAUACCUAUCUUCUUCAGCUUCGGGACACUGACUUCCCCGUACGUUUGCGCGAGUACAUGAAGGUCGCUUGCAACCGCAGCCCAGGAUUCUCCCGUACCAUCGCCGAAGAGAACUUCGACUGGAGGGCACCAAUUAUACGGGAACGUCGUCGUUUCACGGACGUAAUGGACGAAGAGAUCGACGACGAGAGGCGUGCCAGGAUCAGCAGAUACGGAGCUCCCGAUAACUUUACGCUGAGGCGUUUGAAACGCGAAUUGGGAACGCGAUUGGACAGCUACGCUGAAGCUGAAGCGAUGCUGGAGUCCAAGAAGGAAGGACAUCUUCCGUUCUUCCGCGAGAAACCGCAGAUCAGACCGAUCGAAGAAGGAAAGCCUGCUCAGCUAGUCUGCUUAGCCGUGGGAAGUCCUAAGCCGUUGAUUCAGUGGUUCAAGAACGAUAUAAUGAUCCAAGAGACCAGCAGGAUAAAGGUCACCGAGGAUCAGGACGGACGGUCUAUACUCAGCUUCAAUCCGACGAAGGAACACGAUGUGGGUAGCUACAAGGUUGUAGCCAGGAACACGUUGGGACAGACCGUCGUUCGGUGCAGACUGGUAGAGGCUGCCGUUCCUUCGGGUCCCGACUCUCCCGAGGUUUCUGACCUGUCGGACUCGGAGAUCCUUCUACGAUGGAAACAGCCCAAGUACGACGGCAAUUCUCCGGUCCUUUGUUACAAUCUCCAAAUUAGGGAAGGCGACGGUAUCGAGUGGAUAGACCUUGCCUCGAACAUCGAUCACGAAUUCUUCCUGGUAAGGAACCUGAAGCCGGACUACAGCUACAACUUCCGUUUGGCGGCUCGCAACCGCAUCGGCUGGAGCGAGAAAGGAAUACCUUCGAAACUGCUCAAGACCAGGCCGACAGGAUGCCCGAAGGUUCAGAUAACGCGGGCAAUGAGGCAUCUUCAAGAGUUAACGGAAGCUGGACAAGUGAUCAUCCCCGAGGAGGAUAAACCACACAUGGAUUACUCGAUCGAGGAACAUCCGAUCGAAUGGUCGACCGAGACGAAUCUGACCAGCAAGUAUAGCUUCAUAUCGGAGAUAGCUAGAGGCCAGUUCUCCGCCGUGGUGAAAGGCUUCGAUAAGUCCACGGACCAAGUGAUAGUAGCCAAGAUCUUGGAACUGAAUUCGGACACCGAGAAACAGGUGAACAGAGAGUUCGAAGCUCUCCGUUCCUUGAGACACGAAAGGAUAGCGAUGCUCGAAGCGGCGUACAAGUCACCGGGAGCUCCAGUCGCGGUGUUCAUCCUGGAGAAGCUGCAGGGUGCAGAUAUACUCACGUAUUUCUCGAGCAGACACGACUAUACAGAGAACUGCGUGGCGACAGCCAUUUCGCAGAUCCUGGAUGGCCUGCAAUACCUCCACUGGCGAGGAUACAGUCAUCUGGAUAUACAACCCGACAAUGUAGUCAUGUCCACUGUUCGAUCACUUCAGAUAAAACUAGUCGACACAGGUUCGGCCAGAUUCGUCAGUAAAUUGGGCACUUCGGUGCCUAAGCUCGGCCACCCUGAGUACAGAGCACCCGAGGUCUAUAACGAGGAACCGGCACACCCUCAGACAGACAUCUGGAUGGUCGGUGUCCUGAUGUACGUCCUUCUAUCCGGUACUUCACCGUUCCGCGGCAAGGAUCCUGAUGAGACCAGACAGAAUAUCCUGUUCGUUAGGUACAGAUUUGAACAUCUGUACAAGGAGCUUAGUCAGGAGGCCACGAGGUUCCUUAUGUUGGUCUUUAAACGGGCACCCAAUAAAAGACCACUGGUGGAGGAGUGCCACGAGCACAGAUGGCUUCAGCUGUCCGACUUCAUGAUCAAGAAACGCGAGAGGGCUGUGUUCUUGGGCAACAGACUCAAAGAAUACAGUGAGGAGUACCACGAAGAGAAGUCAAAGGUGGCAUCCGACAGUCAAACGUUGGCAAGCGAGAGCCUAUUAGGCUCGACGCAGAAACUGAUCAGAUCGACUAGCAUACAGGAAGAACUGCUUACCACGUUCUAACGAAUAAGAUACGAUUAAGCCACGACUUUUCCAAUUUUCUUUACCUAACGUGAUCGUAAAACUUCACGCACAUAUCUAGUCAGACUUGUGGAGGGCAAGGAAACAGUUACCGAGGGGGGAUGAUGAAACACAAGAGCUUUUUUCUCCUCCUUGUUCUCAUUCUUUUCUUUUUUUGUUAUUAUUUAUUUGUUACAACUUUUAAUUAUUUUAACAGAUACGAACGUCCAUCGGUAACGUGAAAGAUUCACGAACAGGAUGGCGAAAGGAAUGAUCGGUAUAUUUGAAUGUAACGUAAGGCACACCAGGUUUUAACGAGUCAAGGUACAAAAAACCGGAACCGUUUGAAAUUGUACAAAAAUGAUAAUUAUAUUCUAAUAAAAUCGCCAAUAAAUACUAAGUAAUAAAGACAGAGGAGAUGUACAUUUAAGCAAACACAAAUAUUGUCCCAUGGUGUUCACGAAUAACGCAAUUAAAAAAUGUCUUAUUAUUAAA